AUGAUAUUGCCGUGUUUUUUUGUGGCAGCGGCGCCGGCGUUGCUCACCGCUAAGGCAACGUGGACGGCGAGGAGGAUUGCGGUGAUUAUUCCGAAUGCGGUAUUCUUCAUUGCUCUCAAGAAGGCGAUCGUUUGGACUUUGGACGUUGCGAUUACACUUUUGGAUGGGGUUGCGUUUGGAUGGAUUGCGAAGAAGGGAAUGGAAAAUGGAAAAUAUUUGUGA